AUGCAUCGCACCUAUUCUAUGCGCACCACUCGCCAUGCCCUGCGCCGCAAUGCUGGUGGUGCCUUUGGCCCCGAUCUGGCCAAGAAGCUGGCGCAGCUCGUCAAGAUGGAGAAGAACGUCAUGCGAAGCUUGGAGACCGUCGCCAAGGAGCGCAUGGAGGUUGCUCAACAACUGUCCAUCUGGGGCGAGGGUGGCGAUGAGGACGUUUCCGACGUUACCGACAAGCUCGGGGUAUUACUCUACGAGAUUGGCGAACUGGAGGACCAGUAUGUCGACCGCUACGACCAGUAUCGUAUUACCAUGAAGAGCAUUCGCAACAUUGAGGCUUCUGUUCAGCCUAGUCGAGACCGCAAGCAGAAGAUUACCGACCAGAUUGCUCAGCUCAAGUACAAGGAACCCAAUUCCCCCAAGAUUGUUGUCUUGGAGCAGGAGCUUGUCCGUGCCGAGGCCGAGUCGCUCGUCGCCGAGGCUCAGCUCUCCAACAUUACUCGCGAGAAGGUCAAGGCUGCCUACACGUACCAGUUCGACGCUCUGCGUGAGCAUAGCGAAAAGGUGGCCAUCAUCGCCGGCUAUGGCAAGCACCUACUUGAACUCAUUGACGACACGCCCGUCACCCCCGGCGAGACCAGACAGGCAUACGACGGAUAUGAGGCUAGUAGGGCCAUCAUCCAGGACUGUGAAGAUGCCCUCACCAACUGGGUCACAGCCAACGCCGCCGUAUCUUCCAAGCUCUCCACCCGGUCCCGUACCCUGUCCCAGCGCCGCCGCAACAACAUCCGUACCAGAAACGAGGGCGGCCAUGACCUGUCUGCCCAGGACGCUCCUCUGAAUGACGGCGGCUCCUGGAUCGGACGCCACGGCGCGGAAAGCGAAGAAGAAGAGGAAGAUGAGGAAGAGGCUGGCAGCGACAUGAACGCUGACUCCCGUGGCCGUACCAAGGAAGCCCUGGCCGCUUAA